UACCUAGGAGGAGAUUCAGAUAAAAGGGAGGAAGCUCAGCAGAACUGACAGUAGAGCAGAGUGCAGAAACAGCACAGGAGCUGAACCUUUUCACUGAGGGAGCACGGAGCAGGUGGAAAGUAGCAGAGGUCAUGAUGAACUCUGAUGCACUUUCCUGUAAAGACUGUACAUCCUGGCAGGAGCUCCUGCUCACAGUCUCCAUUUUAACAUGCUGGCUGCUUCCCACUACUGCCCAGAUAACUAUUGAAUCAGUGCCUCCCAUUGCUGUUGAAGGGGAUAAUGUUCUUCUGUUUGUGCAAAACUUGCCAGAGAAUGUUCAAACCCUUUCCUGGUACAAAGGAGGUAAACUGCUCAAGAUGUUUGAAAUUGCAAGACACGUGAUAGCUACCAAUUCUAGUGUGAUGGGACCUGCACACAGUGGUAGAGAGACGAUGCUCAAUAAUGGAUCUCUGAUGAUCAAGAAUGUCACCAGAAAAGACUCGGGAUACUACACUCUACAAAUACUUGAUACAACCUCAAGACGUGAAAUAAUGCGUGCAGAAUUCUUUGUACAGAGACCAAUUUUAGGCUUCAGAAAGCAUCCUACUUCUCAACUUAAAAUUGAGUUUGUGCCACCUAGGAUUGAAGAAAAUGAUGAUGUUCUUCUGCUGGUUUAUAAUCUGCCGGAGAAUCUUCAAGGCUUUGUCUGGCACAAAGGGGUAUUUCCAGUUGACCAUUUUAAGAUAGCAAGCCAUUCAUUCCUCACCAAUUCAACCAUGCUGGGGCGCACAUAUUUAGACAGACUGACCGUAUGCAGUGAUGGAUCCCUGCUGCUCUCGAAGGUCUCACAGGAAGACACAGGACUUUACAGCCUACGAACCAUACCUGUGGAUUUGAUGUCAGAAUCUGCCAUUGUGUACCUCAAAGUAAACAGUAAGUGAUUCUUUGUGAUUCCUGGGUGAUGGUGGGGUUUAUUCUUCUCUGUAUACCUAAGAAGGUUGGCUUAGACGAUACUUUCCUACCCUCUGGACAGUGUAUUCUCAGUUGGGUUUGGAAAUUUAGUAAAAAAACACACAUCAUGGGGGCAAACGGAAAUAGAUCAGAAGCCUUGAUCUGACUGGAACCUGCAGACAGUAGUAUAGUAACUUGGUCCAAUGAUGUCAUCCUCAGCUCAGACACUCUUGGACCUCUCCCUGAACAUGGAAAUAAGCAAGCUUUGUGAAAUUGCUUGAACUUGACUACCUGCUAAAGCUGACUAGAAGCAGUGUGUCAUUCUACAUCCAAAUCUUAGAGCCUGUGGAACAACCCAGUAUCUGUCAUGACAAUCAUGAUUAGACUAGGUCUUUUGGGCAUCUCCUUUUCCUGAGAUUCAACAUGGACAGAACAGCUGGGCAUGCACCACACUGACUGUUCUGAUAGGCUUGAGACUUCACAGGAAAGUUUGGAUCCCCAAGUGAACAUAGGUCCUCUUGGCAACUGCUCAUCCUUAAUUCAGCCUAGGGAAGUCUCUUCUUUAGGCAAAUGAUUAGAUGCACUCCUGAUUUUAACAGCUCUUCAGUCUCAAGUUCAGGACAUUAAUAAUAUUUUAAUUUCACUUAUAGAAGUGGAAAUGAUAAGUUACCAUGUAUACUACUGUAGGGAAUCUGUGAGACAGCAAAGACACUAGUUGAAUAAAAGUUACACAGCCUAUGGUUGGCAUAUCAGAAGUACAAGAUGUCUAUCUAUAGGCACAUGCCCAACUUACCCAUCCUAUUAGGUCUUAUUAAGUAUCUGUGGGUCAGAGGAGUGCUGUGUGUUCAGAAAUUUUCUCCUUAGGCAUCAGUGUCUCACAGGGAGAGUCUGGUCCAGGCAGUGGAAGCAACAAAUUGACAGUUUUGACUUUGUAAUAAAGCCUUA